GUCACCCCUGGGGACGCCCUCCCCUUUUCCGCCUGGCUCCGCGAGCUGGAAAGCAGCAUUAAUCGCAGGCGGCGGCGGCGGCGGAAGGGCCUGCAGCGCCGAGCACCGCGCCGAGCCCCGCGGGGGGGUGGGGGGAGGGCACUGCACCCUGCGCGCCGCUCCCCGCCAUGCGCGGCCGCUGAGGCGCAGCCAGCGCGGCCGCGUUGCAAUUCAUUUCCGCCCCCCCUUUUUUUUUUGGUUAUUUAUUCAUUAAUUUUUGUUGUUGCUUUUUGGCCGCCCCCUCCUCCCCCCCCCCCCGCGUGCGCCCCCCCCCCCCCCCCCCCCCGCCGUCCGCCGGCGCUUUGCGGAGGCCCGGCGCGGCCGGCGAUGGGCGCGGCGGCGGGCGGGCGCUCGGCGGGGCGCUGAGCGGGCGCUGAGCGGGCGCGGGGCGCGCCAUGGCCGCCAAGGACAACCCCUGCAGGAAGUUCCAGGCCAACAUCUUCAACAAGAGCAAGUGCCAGAACUGCUUCAAGCCCCGCGAGUCCCACCUGCUCAACGACGAGGACCUCAACCAGGCCAAACCCAUUUAUGGCGGCUGGCUGCUGCUGGCCCCGGAAGGGACGGACUUUGACAACCCCGUCCACCGCUCCCGGAAAUGGCAGCGCCGGUUCUUCAUUCUCUACGAGCACGGCCUGCUGCGCUAUGCCCUCGACGAGAUGCCAACAACCCUCCCGCAGGGCACCAUCAACAUGAACCAGUGCACGGAUGUGGUGGACGGGGAGAGUCGGACGGGGCAGAAAUUCUCCUUGUGCAUCCUGACCCCGGAGAAGGAGCACUUCAUCCGAGCGGAGAACAAGGAGAUCAUCAGCGGGUGGCUGGAGAUGUUGAUAGUCUAUCCGAGGACGAACAAGCAGAAUCAGAAGAAGAAGAGGAAGGUAGAGCCCCCAACUCCUCAGGAGCCUGGUCCCGCUAAGAUGGCCGUGACCAGCAGCAACAUCCCCAGCGCCGAGAAGGUCCCUGCCACCAAGUCCACGCUGUGGCAGGAAGAAAUGAGGGGCAAAGACCAAGCCGAUGGCAGCAGCGGCCUCAGCCCAGCGCAGAGCCCGGUGCAGAGCCAGGCAGCAGCCGCCAGCUCCCUGAAGGAACCCGCGCUGGACGGCAAGGAAGAUGAGAGCUCCAUGAACGGAGACCGGAUAGACUGUGGGCGGAAGACACGUGUCGAGAGUGGUUACUUUUCCUUGGAGAAGACCAAGCAAGACUCGAAGCUGGAAGAACAGCAGUUGCCGCCCCCACCGAGCCCUCCCAGCCCCAGCACCCCAAACAACAGGUACAGUUAUCCCAAAUCGCCCUCGCAGGAGCAUGCCCAGCCCUUUCCUUCCCCAGGUACCCGAUCAGGCGACCGAAUGAUUCACAGCUUCUCUCUGAACUCCUUGGACUCGAAGAACAGUUACCCCAUGCACAAGGACUCCAACAGCAGAGAUAUAGCAAGGGGAGCUGAAAAAUCGGGGCGUCCCCUUUCUUUUAAAGCCAGCCGGCAGUACACCACCCUGGCCGACGUUCCCAAGGCCAUUAGGAUCAGUAAUCGUGAGGCCUUCCAGGUGGAGAGGAAACGGCUAGAGCGGAGAACCCGGGCGCGUAGCCCUGGGAGAGAAGAAGUGGCCCGGCUCUUUGGCAAUGAGAGAAGGCGAUCCCAAGUAAUUGAAAAAUUUGAGGCAUUAGAUAUUGAGAAUGCAGAGCACAUGGAAACGAGUGUGUCGGCAGGCGCUGCCCUUUCGAGUGAGACGCGGCAGGGCAGGAGCGAGAAGAGGGUUUUCCCCAGGAAACGGGACUUCACUUCCGAAGCUGCGGCUGUGGGCUCCAUCCUGGAUGCGUCCGCUUCUCCUCUAUCUCCGCACCGUCGAGCAAAAUCACUGGAUAGAAGGUCCACCGAGUCCUCUAUGACGCCUGACCUACUGAACUUCAAGAAGGGCUGGUUGACGAAGCAGUAUGAGGACGGGCAGUGGAAGAAACACUGGUUUGUGCUGACGGAUCAAAGCCUGAGAUACUACAGGGAUUCGGUGGCGGAGGAGGCAGCUGACCUGGAUGGAGAGAUCGAUUUAUCUACAUGCUACGAUGUUACCGAGUACCCGGUUCAGCGAAACUACGGCUUCCAGAUCCACACUAAAGAAGGGGAAUUCACCCUCUCCGCCAUGACAUCUGGAAUUCGCCGGAACUGGAUUCAGACCAUCAUGAAGCAUGUUCGCCCCACCACCGCUCCAGAUGUAACGAGCUCCUUGCCAGAAGAGAAAAGCAAAACGAGCUCUUCCUUUGAGACUAGCCCGAAACCGAGCGAGAAGCCAGACACGGACCAAGUCGAGAUGGAUCCGGAGCAGAAGCGGAGCCGUGCCCGGGAGCGCAGGCGAGAAGGACGGUCCAAGACCUUUGACUGGGCUGAAUUUCGCCCCAUCCAGCAAGCCCUGGCGCAGGAGCGAGCAAACGCUUCAGACUCCUCGAAGAGCAGCACUGCUGCCUUCCCCAAGGACACCGGCGCUUCGGACACAGACCCGGGAGAGCUGGAGAGGGAGCGUGCCCGCCGGAGGGAGGAGAGGCGCAAGCGCUUUGAGAUGAUCGAUGCUGUCGAUGGGGCAGGGCCAGAGGAGGCAUUAAGGAUGGAGGUGGACAGGGUCCCAGGCCUGCCCAUCACCGCGGACAUCAAACCGCAGAACGUUCACGUGGAGAUCGAGCAGCGCUGGCACCAGGUGGAGACGACCCCUCUGCGGGAGGAGAAGCAGAUCCCCAUCACUCCCCUGCACCUCGCCUCCUCGGAGGACCGGGACGAGGGGCUUGCAAAGCAGCACUUAACUGCGCUGCUGGAGAAGGAGUUGGAGCAGAAGCAGAAGGAGGCCUUGGAGCUCCUGGAGCAGAACCGGCACCUGCAGGACCAGCUGAAAGUGGCGCUGGGCCGGGAACAGAGCGCCCGGGAGGGCUACGUGUUGCAGACCGAGGUGGCCGCCUCGCCAUCAGGUGCCUGGCAGAGGCUCCACAAAGUCAAUCAAGAUCUCCAAAGCGAGCUGGAAGCCCAAUGCCAGCGUCAAGAGCUAAUCAAUCAGCAGAUUCAGUCACUGAAACGUAGCUAUGCUGAGGCUAAGGACGUGAUCCGGCACCACGAAGCCGAGAUUCAGAGCCUGCAGGCAAGGCUCAGUAAUGCAGCGGCCGAGCUGUCCAUCAAAGAGCAGACGCUGGCCAAGUUGAGGAGCGACCUGAAGAGUGAAAAAGAGAAAGCCAAAGAGCAGCUGGAAGAGUGGCAGCAUGGCGAGGCCACUCUGAGCUCGCAGCUAAAAGCCAGCGAACAAAAGCUGAAGACCGCAGAGGCUCUGCUCCUAGAGAAGACACAGGAGCUACGGGACCUCGAAAUGCAGCAAGCUUUGCAGAGGGACCAUCAGAAAGAGGUGCAGCGGCUCCAAGAUAGGAUCGCAGACCUGAGCAGGCAGUUGAACGCUAGCGAACAAGCCCGGAUCCUAAUGGAAGAGAAGUUGCAGAAGAAUUACGAGGCUUUGCUGGAAAGCUGUGAGAAGGAAAAGCAGGUUUUAAUACGGAGUCUGAAGGAGGUGGAGGAUAAGGCUAAUGAGUAUGAGAAUCAGCUACAAAAUAAUGAGCAGCAAAUGGAGAUUCUGCAGAAAGAGAAACUGAGUGCAAAAUUUGAAGGCAGCGAGAUUGUCCACCAGCUGGAGGAGCAGCUGGUGAUGAAGGAGGCCAGUAUCCAGAAACUCGCAGAGCACAUCAAGGAGCUUGAAAGGGAGAGAGAUCAAAUUAAAUGUAGGUUCCAUGAGCUCAUGAAUCAGGUUGCAGAGUCGGAUAAUGAAGUUGCAAAGCUGCAAGCAAAGUUGAAAAUGGAAGAGACCAACUACCACAAUCUGGAGCAAUCAUUUGAGGAAGUAUCAGAUCAGUUCCAGAGUGUGCAGAAGGUGCUGAAAGAAAAAGAAGAAGAGCUGAGACAUGUUAAGGAAAUGCACUUGAGAAUUGUGGAGAAGAAAGAUCAAGACCUCAGUGAGGCUCUGGUUAAAAUGGUUGCUUUAGAUAGCAGUUUAGAGGAGACUAAAGUAAAGCUAAAGGCCAAAGAAGAGGCUUUAAAGAAAUUAGCUAGUGUAGGCACAGCUCCAUGUGCUGAGGAAGCAGAAGACCUUGGCCCUAAUGUCGAGGCUGAUGAAAGUCAUCCUUCUCAACUGGGGCAGCAUCUACAAACUCAUGAUGUCCUUCCAGCUCUGAAUUAUGCGCUGAAGGAAGAGGAAGAUGAAGUUCUUGAGACCAGCCAGAGGCAAGCAGAAGAAUUUGGCUCUCCAUCCAAAGCUGCGGAGCUCCAGGACCAGGAGCUGGUUCAGAAAGCCUUAGCAAAGCCUGAUAUAGGAAUCAUGGGUGCCAAGAGACAAAGAAUCCGUUUCUCAAGCAUCCAGUGCCAAAAAUAUAUACAUCCAGAUGGAUCAGAGAAAAACUGGACAAGUAGCACCUCUUCAGACACGAGCCAAGACAGAUCGUUGUCUGAAGAAAGCAUGUCAUCAGAGCCAGCUCUUGGUUACCCAUCCUCAGGGACAAGUGACUCUGAGACCUAUCUCUCAAUCAUCCAUUCUCUGGAAACCAAACUUUAUAUUACAGAGGAAAAGCUCAAAGAUGUAACAAUGAAGCUUGAAAGCCAGCAUGGUCAUAAUCAGGAAACGCUGAUAGCCCUUCACCAUCAGUGGGCCAGCACAGAGUCUCAGCUUCGGGAACAGCUUCAAACCAGCUUAUCCCAAGUCAGUGCUCUGAUCUCACAGCUGGAAAAUGAGAGGCAGGAAAAGUUCAAGCUAAUAGAAAAUCACGUUAGCGAGCUGGGAGGUUUCGAAAUGAAAAAUGAUCAAGCACUGACUUGCUUAGAGAAAUGCAGGGAGCAGCUAAGAUCUUUACCGACAUCAGACAAGGAAAAAGAGAGUGAUUUGUUUCUUGUUACUCUGUCCAGCAUGGAAACAACCUUAUCAAAUGCAAUCCAAGCCUUGAGAGGGGCACCACUCUCAUCUGAGUAUCAGCAGAGUGAAAGCCUUAUCGCACAAACCCCGGCCUCAGAAGGAAAUUUUUUGAGUGAAGAGGAACAUGCCUCCAAGGAGCAGCAAGUGGAAAUGUUCGAUGCAGGCCAGCUAAGAUGGCUUUCUGAGAGAGUGGCAUUUGAAGCCUCUCUAAUCAACCACAUUGCAGAGUCUUUGAAAAAUGUGAGCUCUGAGAUAUCUCAGAUUCUCAGAGAGAUCCAGGGAACAGCUGAGGUGGUUUUGUUAGAGCCAGCAAAUGUUUCUCAUACAGCAACUGAUUUGGCCAACAUCCUAUCUAAGAAGCUGCUGCUGGAAGGGGAAUUUUGGAGCCAGGUGGAGGAACUAAGAAUGCACUUGAGCACCAGAGAAGGAGAAGCAGAGGGCAAAACGGAAACAGCAGGUUUGGGCUUUUCACCGUGUUUUCUCAGCACAGUAGCAGAUGCUACAUUGAUUAAGGCAGAACUUGGGUUUGUUGCACAGAAAAUGAGAGAGUCUUUUCAUCAGAGAUUAAAAACAAUUGAAGAAGACCUUCAUAAUACCAAAACAGCUCUCCAGCAACAUAAAUGCAUGUUGGAGGAAAUCAUCAAAGCAUACAGGACUCCUGAUUUUGACAGAGUUAUGCAUCAGAUUUCUGAAGCACUUGAAAUUCAAAAAGAUGCCUCAGAAAGAACCCAAAUCUCCUGGGAUGGGAGCCAUCUACAAAUGAUGCCCUAUCAGGAAUUAGCCAAGAUGGAGGAGACUUGCAGUUUGCCAGACCGUAGUAGUGAAACUCUUCUUUCCAUUCAAGAAGAUCUUGCCCAACAACUGAAGGACAAAUCAAAUGUUCUUAAGGAAAUAUCUGUUGCCUUACUAUCUCUGCCUCCUGAGGAAGCAAUGAGAGAUUGCCAGAAGCUCCUGAAGAUAUCUCAGAGUCUUUCAUAUCAUUCAUGCAUGGGAGACCUUGAACGGUAUUCAUCUUUGUUAGUUCAAGAUGCAAUUGUUCAGGCUCAGGUUUGUUACGCAGCUUGCAGGGUCAGACUAGAGUACGAGAGAGAGCUGAAGUCUUACAAAGAAUCCUUGCAGAGCAUGGACGCGCUCUGCCAAGAACGCGUAAAGACAGUUUCUCUCCUUCGGGACGAGUACGAAGAUUUACUUAGAAAGCAGCAGGGUGAAUAUGGUGAGGUGAUAGCCAUGCUUGAACGGGAGAAUGCUGAUCUCAAAGCAAAGGUGUCCCAGCUCGACAGUCAGCGAAGGCUGUUGGAGGAGGAAGAGCAUAAACACAGCAAAAGCAUUAGUGAAUUGCAAGGCAGAUACGAGGAGGAGAUUCGAAAUGUGAUAGAGCAGCUAAAUAGGACAGAGGACGCUCUAAAGGCCGAGAGAACAGAAGGCCUAAACCAACUUGACGCCAUUGUCCGUGAUAAGCAAAACAUGGAGCGGUAUCACCUUGAGCAGAUGCAGAUGUUGGAGGAAAAGUUCCAGGCCAAGAUAAAGGAAUUGCAAGUCAUCCACAGUGAGGAACUGCAGACGCUGCAGGAGCAUUACAGCCAGAACCUGCAGCGCCUGCAGGAGACCCUCGAUGAGUAUCAGAGGCAGCACCCGGAUGCUUUGCCCUCGGAGGGGCCGGGCGAUGGGAGCGCGCGGGCGGCCGACGGGCCCGAUGGCAGGGUGCAGGUCUCCGAGAGCGAGCUGGACUCCAUGCACGGCCUGAGAGAGCGCAUCCAGGAGCUGGAGGCCCAGAUGAAUGUCAUGAGAGAUGAGUUGGAGAACAAGCACCUGGAGGGAAAUGCUUCAACUCUGAGGGAAAAAUACCAGAAAGACUUUGAAAACUUAAAGGCAACAUGUGAAAGGGGCUUUGCAGCCAUGGAGGAGACGCACCAGAAGAAGAUAGAGGACCUGCAGCGGCAGCACCAGCGGGAGCUGGAGAAGCUGCGGGAGGAGAAGGACCGCUUGCUGGCAGAAGAAACCGCUGCCACCAUCUCAGCCAUCGAGGCCAUGAAGAACGCGCACCGGGAGGAGCUGGAGCGGGAGCUGGAGAAGUCCCAGCGCUCCCAGAUCAGCAGCGUCAACGCCGAUAUCGAGGCCCUCCGGAGACAGUACCUGGAGGAGCUGCAGUCGGUGCAGCGGGAGCUGGAGGUCCUUUCGGAGCAGUACUCGCAGAAGUGUUUGGAGAACGCCCACCUGGCGCAGGCGCUGGAGGCUGAGAGGCAGGCCCUCCGGCAGUGCCAGCGGGAGAACCAGGAGCUCAACGCCCACAACCAGGAGCUGAAUAACCGCCUGGCUGCGGAGAUCACGCGACUGCGGACGUUACUGACCGGGGAGGGCGGGGGAGAGGCUGCUGGAUCGCCUCUCACGCAGGGCAAGGAUGCCUACGAGCUAGAGGUCCUACUGCGGGUCAAAGAGUCAGAAAUCCAGUACCUGAAGCAGGAGAUCAGCUCUCUCAAGGACGAGUUGCAGACAGCACUGAGGGAUAAGAAAUACGCCAGUGACAAGUACAAAGACAUCUACACAGAGCUGAGCAUUGUGAAGGCCAAGGCAGACUGUGAUAUCAGCAGGUUGAAAGAGCAGCUGAAAGCAGCCACAGAAGCUCAGGGAGAGAAAUCCCCUGUGAACACCACUGUAUCGGGAUAUGAUAUUAUGAAAUCAAAAAGCAACCCUGAUUUCUUGAAGAAAGACAGAUCCAGUGUUAGCCGACAACUAAGGAAUAUCAGGUCAAAGAGUCUGAAGGAAGGCCUGACUGUGCAAGAACGCCUGAAGCUUUUUGAAUCCAGGGACUUGAAGAAAGACUAGUUCUCCCCGCUCCGCUUCGACACGCGCACCUCCCAGCUUGAGGCAGCACAGCACCAGCACCGUUUGUCUCUCGUUCCUUACGAUUGUCCUUGCUGUUGUUCGUCUUGGCGCUCCUGACGAGACUGAGCUCCGCGGUGGCGGUCCCCGCCGCCACCUCGCCUCCGCAGCUCCUUUCCCUGCUUUGUGAGACGCUUCAGAGACUCGGAGAGGGAGAGGAAGGGAUGGGUUUUUUUCCCUCUGCAGCGCUUGUAGGAGAAUCCUUCCUUUACUGUAAACCAUUACACUAAGUGUCAGUAUUAAGGCUCAGUAGCCUAUUAAUAAGCUAGCUCUGUCGUACCAACCGUUUUGGUAUAAAAGCAGGGCCUGGGUGGUAUAGGCCGUACCUAGCUCUUACUGCUGUCAAGAGACCCAGUGCUCAGAGCACACCAGGAGCCUAAUCUAACCGUUGAUCUUUACUGCAUUACUUGCACCUACAAGGGGGGAAGCCCGUGGGAAAGUGUCAGGGAGCGCAAGUCAGGACCCGUGUGAGCGGCCGGGAGGUACAACACUGAUAUCUCGCUGGAGAAGGACGGAAGAAGUGACUUCCCUGCCCCAUGACUGUGCCGUAUCCUGGACGUAGGUGUUCCCGAAGCCCGGAGCGCUUUGGUGGCUUUCCAGGUGGUUAUGGUUAGGGAGUUACCGUUACUCACGUGCAACGUAAGGUCUGCCCCAUCGGCCGUGGCUUUGUCUCCCUUCUCUCUGGUACCCAGGGCUGAGAUACGUGUUUCGGGGACUGAGUCGUAAGGUCACUUUCUUGCCUCUGAUCGAGCCCAGCAGUCUUUUUGCUGUUACUCCCCUCCUCUCAUGGAGUCCUGUGUAUCCUAGGGUCUGUGCGCAUGUGAAACUCCCUUUUCCUAGUCAAAGAAGGAAAGUAGAGUAGAAAGUAGAACCAAUACUGACUGAAAAUGCACAGUGCUCAAUGCAUAUAAUGCUCCUUUUUUUAUCAGCUUCUUGAACUCGACUCUUCUUGUCAGCAGGGCAGCUCCUAUUUUAAUUCUUUAAUCUUUUCCUGAAAUAAAAAUCUGAAAACCUGUAUGUGCUUCAGACCUUCUCAGUCAUAACAGUUUUUGUAUUUAAAAACAUACAAUUUAGCAACGUGAGGCCAAUAAACUGAUACCAAUUAAAAGUGAAUUGAGAGAACUGGUAGCAAUAGAUGUAGCACAUGGCCAGCCUAAUACAGGCUAUCAUCUUCUAGAGGAGCUGCAGACUCCGCUUUGCAGCAGCCGGACUGCAUGGGCACUGCGGCUUAAUCCUGGGUUAACGAGAGCAUUUCAAUAUGCUUUACACCUAUAACGAGCCCGGGUCCUGCCGCACUGAUCAAAGAGGAUGCCUGCCUGCCGCUGAGCGCCAGUGCUGCUCACCCUGGGCAGGAGCCGCGUUGAAAUAGCGUCCCAAUGCAUUAGGUUUCCGACCUAAUUUAGCCACGAAGCGAGCCACGACACAUCAGACUGUGCUUUUAAAAAUACGCCCUAGCCUUUGUGUGGAGCUAAGCUUCCUCUUGUCGUUCGGGUGCUUAUAAUGUGGUUUAAGCAGGCGGUGGCAUUCAGGCAGAUCUGUGCAUUUUCAGGGCUAACUCGGGCUCCUUCAGCAGGCGUGGUGCUUUGGGCACAGCUGAGCGUUACAGAAGUGCUGCAGACCAGCACUUGGGAGAGGCUCUCGCUACCAGCUCUGGAACUGGUAGCAGCCGAGGGCCUGGAGACAGGCGCUUUCUCCGUGCCAGGCUAGGCGACGAUGGGUGCUCAAUAGCUUUCCUUUAGCCUCCAUCCUCCGAUCCAUAGUGAGGCCAGCGACUGCCUUAUCCCUCCUCCUGUCCCGCAUGGAGGAACGUAGCUGGUUGGGGUGCAGUCAGCAGGCAGAAGCUGUUCGUCCCCAGCUUCACACCUGCACGAUGGGCUUCCAAGUUAGUGAUCCCCAAAGCAGAAGCUGUCAAACCAGAGCUAACCCGGGGCUGUGGAAAUCACUGCUUUCACUACACUGAUCUUUUAUCUGAUGGCCUUUUAAAGCAUAGACUGUUACUGAUAGAUAAUCUUGGUAAUGCUUAGAUACGGCUUUCUGCAGCCACGGCAUGGGGUCCUGCUUCCCUUACAGCUGAGAUGGACUAGACGAGCUUUUCCUCCUUGUAUCCUUCCCACUUUCUCAGCCAUCUCCAAUUUGUGUGUUGCGCUUAAGAGGCUACUCCUGGAAGAAGCUGAAGCUCUGUCACUACUCGUGUGCAUCGUUUCUCUCCCUUCUGGCAUCUUGGGCCUUUACUGACUUAAGUGAGAGGUCUGAUUCUUCUGCAUAACCUCACGGUUGAGCCAAGGAUGUGUGUCUGGGUCCCAGUUCCAGCAGCAGCUGGGAACAUAAGACUUCAGAGGGAUCUACUACCAGGUAAAGGCAAUGUUGUCUUUGAAUUAAACCAGGGACAGCAGCAUCUGCCAAGCAGCACAGAUUGCAGGACCAGCAGAGAUGUCAGUGCUGUGACCCAGGCUUUUAAGUUCUGACUACCGCUUGGGUGGAAAAGUGGAUGAACCCCCUGGUUCAUAUAUUGCAUAUGCCUUUCUGCACGUGACAGGAGGCAGUCACCUGUCCCGUAUGCCUCGUGUGCUCCCUUCCAAACUUACCUGCCCGGCUCUCAGCAGAGAUGAUGAUUGAUAGUUUUUAUAUUUCCUCCCUCGCUGAUCCAGGUUUGACUGUCGUGUGCUUUGCUCUCUGCUAGCUUUCAUGCCCGGCUUCUCCCGGCAAAGGCCUUGGGCCACAGUUAUGGUGGGGAUUAGGGCUCAAGUACUGGCAUUUCUCUUCCCUUCCAAGACUGCGCUGGAUCCAGUGAAUGAGUAGGAUCUUCCUCCUCCUGCUGCUCUGUCAAGUAGGGUGGGACUUCGGCCUCUUAAGUCAACUGAGCAGAAUGUGUUCUGGGCUUCUUCUCUACGGACUCGGAGCUUUCUUACAGGCCCUAGAAAAAUCUUGCUUUUCUUUGCUCACCUCAUUUGCUCAGCAGCACUUACUUUAAGCGUGAGGACUAAAGGUUGCCAUCCAUUUACGGCUGCCUGCUGGUGGUGCAGAGGAGCCAGGCUGAGGCCCUUUGUAGCACAGGCUCAUGCCACCAAGCCACUGGAGCCUCGCCAAGGAGAGGUGGGGUUUUUUUCUUUUUUCUUUUUUCUUCUGCUCUAUACUCUGCCAUACCAAGUCCUCUCUUGCAGCUUAGUCUGGGACUAGGUAUUGAGCUUAGUGAGUGAAAGCCCUUUGAUCCUGCUUUGAUCCUUAUUUCCUAAUGUAGAGAAGGGGGUUGAUAAGUGGAGGGCACAUUUGGUGUGGCUGCCCAGAUGCGGAAACAGGCUGAUAAGACAUGAGCGUGCCCCAGAGCUCGGCUGGUUGCAGGCUGCCAGAGUAGAGCUGCCGGGAGCUUUGAGCCACGCGGCUGGGCCACGCGCUCCAGGAGAGGUGAAGAGGGAAAGCUGACGUCCAAGUGGAGGCCUUUCUCUUGUCUUGCCAUAUGUAAAUACAUUAAUACAAAAAUAAAAAUAUGGGUGAGCAUGGGCAAAAAGGCACUGCAGUGUAUUAGCAAAGUAGAAGCACUUAGAUGUUAGUGCAAGAAGGCAGAAGAAGGUGCAAUUAAAAUGCAAUGGAUAGCAAGCUGUGUAAAGCACGUUGGUACUGAAGCAAUGGACGUUCCAGGGCGUGGAUUAGAAAGACUUUCUGCUUGUGCUCUGGCUCAAAACUGCCCGGUGAAGAGAGACUAUGAGGGUUUAGUCUUGUUUAUACACAUAUAAAAAUAUACCAACAUUUAAAAAAAAAGAGAGAAAAAAAAAAAACCCACCCAGGAACACUUGCAAAGAAGAGAACACUUGUAUAGGCUUUUCUCUUUUCCUGUAUAUACACACGUGCUAAGCAAAAGGUCAUAAAAAAGUUCUGGGCCACUUGCGUCAAUUCUUCGCUUACUUGAGGAAAUGCACACAAUAUUUUGACUCUCUCAGCUGAGACACUGACAGGAGAUGUGGCAUAAGCAAGGCUGAUGCUGGAAUUUUUUAAUUUCCUUCCUUUCUUUCAUCCUAGUUUAUCUUCUUACCAUACAGAAAAUGCCAGUCUUCUCGUAACCUCCAUCUUAAUGGGCUCCCUGAAUCAGCUGUAAAAGAAUUUGAAUUGACGUUUACUCCUGUAUAAACAGAAUCAGAUCCUGUGGCCCCCGCUAGUCAAAGUUUUGCCAUUAGGGAACUUUUAAUUAAUGCUGAUGAUUGGCCAACUUCUCUGGGCCUUCAAACCGCUGAUAAAAGCUAAGCAGACAGACAAGUUCACUGAGAAAAAAAUAGCUGGCACCAACAACGGCUAUAGUCAAAACAAAAUGUGUUACAAGGAAUGAGGACAAUGCAGAGGACACACACGGAGUGUUUGGAGGAAUGGGUGGGACCAUCCUCUGGUGACGAUUUUCAUGAUUUUAGCGAUCUCUUAACAAGCCAAAUCGAUUAAUUGUAUUGCUUAACUUUGCUGUUUUUAAAUACUUAUCACUAAGCAAAGGGGUCUUUUAUGGACCUGGUGGUGGGCUUGUAUACUGUCCCCGUUAAGAGCAGCCAUCAGCAGGGGGUAGGCUUCUUCUAAAGAGAAAGCAAAACAGAAAAGCCAGCCCUGCUGUACAGAAGGCAAGGCCCCUCUCGGUGUCUUCAGCAGCUGCGUCCCGCUUCGGAGCAGCGCUCCUCCAGCUGCGUGCAAACGCACUGCGGUAGCUGUCAGCUGUGGAGGGCACAGGAAAGACAUCUGAGGAGGAAAGAUGCCGUGGCAUGAACGUGGCUUUGUUAUGGACCAUUGCAGGCUGGAUUCCAGGUUUCAUUCCUCUCUCCGCUCACAGUGUGGCAACUAUCAGAUAGAGCACUUCUCCAAAGCAUAAGGCAGUGCAUUACCUGCCUUUACAUUAAGGAAUGAGAGACCCAGCAGCACCAAUAAACAGAGCCAGAAACUGAAAUAUUUCUGCAGAGACAGUGAGAGCAGUGCUUUAAAAAAGAAAGAGAGAAAAAAAAAAAGAAAGCCAGCUGGGAAACUUUCUUGCUGAUGGCAAUGUUCUGUAGUUAUCCAACAUCUUCUUCCUGCUCCAGGCCUCAUCCAUUUUUCACCAUAAGAGAAACCAGUGGCUCUGUACAUGAGCAAGUGUGCGGAGACUGGGGAAAGCUUCGGGGAGGAAGGAAGGGAGAGAGGGAGAGCGAGCUCAACAUUUGCACUAGAGGCUUUUAAAUCCCAGCUACAGCUCCCAUUGCACGUUUCUGUGACAGCAGAGCAAGCCGCAGGUUGCUUCUUUUGAUGUGGGCCAGGUACCUGCUGUACAAAAUGGGGCGAGUCCUUCUAGCAGGUAUUCUGCUUCUAAUGCUCUUAAAGGGCGCAGUAUAUACACAUUGGGUGAGGUGAAAUGCAAGCGGCUGCAUUUUACACUAUUAAUAGUACUGAAAUGCGAGGUUUAGGAAAACUCAAGUGCAACAAAGCUGCAGACAUAUACCCCUCCUAAUUGCUUCUAAGUAUUUUUUUUCUUUUGCAUAAAAUUUUCUUACCAUUUGUACCCUCUCCCCCUGAAACAGACCAAGUCUUUUUUAAAUGUGACCCUUUCUUUGCUCACAUAUAAAAGAAGCAGCAAAUUUUAUUCAUUUGCUUCAAAACUAAACUUGUGUGCUGAAUUGCAAGCCAGGAAAAGGCUAUUUUCUCCUUCUGCGAUAGAAGUUGACUGGAAUGCAUUUAAGCAGCUCCCCCCCAGUAUUGUAAAAUGUGUCACUUUUGUAACAACUAUAUACUUGAUUGGAUUCCACUAGUCCUUUGCAUUUUUUUGUGGUUCAUAUACAGUACUUAGUUUGUUGUGAACACUUAAGCACAUGCACGCUCAGUGUAGCUUGCCUUUCCUCUGUAAUUUUUUUUCCAUUUUUUUAAAAAGCUUUGUUAUUCUUCUCUUUUAAAAAAAUAAUUUAAAACCUGUAUAGUAUUCAAAGCACGCAAUGUAAAUAUUUAUUACUCAGAAAUUAGUGGAGGGUUCUCUUUUGUGACUAAGUUGUGGUUUUGAUUUUUAAAUCUUGUUCUAAUACAGACGUCCCAUUUGGGGGUUGGAAGAGGAGCGCUGAGUGUAAUAUGUUGACCCCACCCUAUCUUUCCUGAUAGAAUAUGUUUGUUUUUUGAUGACUGUUAUAAAUAUCUUUUCAAACAUUUUCUGCUGACCUAUACCUUUAGUUUUGAAAAUACCUGUCCAAAGAAUGUGUACAGUCUGUUUGAGAACUGUAACCUUACUGCGCUAUAAACUUGGUUUUUUUUCCAUUCAGAGAAUUCAGUAAUCUUGUAUUUGAUUGAUAGUGGCAUUAACACCGCGAGUGUGCAAACUGUUAUCUAUAUAUAGAGAAGUAGUAACUACUUUGUGCUAGAGCAUACAAACCAUCCUUGCACAGUAACUUAGGCCUGUUGUAGUGAGUGAACCAAGGGCCCAGAUCGCAGAACCUGGUGUGUGACGGUGUAACUAACUCACUUGUGCAUCAGCACUGAGUAUACGCUGUAAGGCUACCCGGACUUUGCAAGGGAACCACGGUGCCCAGCCGUGCAGACACAUAUUGUACAACAGCAUGGAAGUUUACUGUAACUUACAGUAUGUAAGUAACUGUUUAAAUAUAACUUUCAAUACAAUGUAGUUACUACUGAGUUGAACUUUUGUGAUCCUACCGCUGUAAUGCAACCAUUUCUUGCAAGAGGAUGCAAAAGUACUGUUGCAUGACCAGGGAACGUGCAGGCUGAAAACAACACAGCUCUGUCAGCUUUGGUGGUUUCCCCUGCCUCAGCCUGCGCUUUGAGACUACUAAAAGAAAACAAGGGUGUGGGAUUUACUAGCAGAAACCUGAUUAGCCAGUCGAGUUGGUACCAACCAAACUAAUCCAGCUGGCCGUGAACUAGUAAAUAAUUAGUGCAAUUACAAACAAUUAUUUUCUCAUUCUUCCUGCUUUCUUCACACGAUGAUUGUGUGCUGGAUGUGACAAGAAAACUGACUCUUUGUUCUAAACUAGAGAGAGCAAAGUAUGUUAUAAAAUACUAAAGACUAUGGUAAGUAGGAAAUAGAUAAGAAUGCUUAGUCUUUGACCCAUAUUCACCUUCCCGGGACCUGGAGUUCUGGGAUGUCUUGAGAUUUUAAAGAAUCAUUUUUUGAAGGGAUAAAGUUUGGGGGAGAGAGAGAAGGAAACUUUGUAUGUCUUUGGGUGAUAACUGAAGUCGCACUGGACAUCCAGGUACUAAUAGUCAGUCUUCCUCCACCAACCUCAUCAGAACUGAAGUGUUUUGUGCACACUUUUCACCAAUGACUGAACCAUAUCUGAAGGAGAUUUGUUCUGGAUUAAAACAUGCGCACACACCAUGCUCUACCACUCGUGUUACAAGAGCCUCUGCCCUCUUCCACUCCUUACGGAAAUGACAAAAAGGAGUUGUGAGUAAUAAGAAUGCAAAAGCAAGAGUGAACUACAAGGUAAAUUGUCCAGGUCCUGUGGUGAUGCAGUAGCGGCAUGCCCUCCACCUCUAAUCUGUAAUUUGACUGAGUGGCAAUGACAGUAGAGAAAGCACAGAAAUCUCAGUGCAGUUGUGGAUUACUACAGCUACGCUGCUGUUGGAAAGACUUACAGAUCAAAUUCAGAAACGAUUACAGCAGGGUGGCGAGGAGAAAGAGGAACCGCAGUUGUUCUGAAAACCAGUCGCCGUGUAGGUCUGAAUGGCAUGUCUUAAGGGGCGGUUUCCACAGAACCAGGUUCAUCCAGGAAAUGAUCUACCAAACUUGAUUCAUUUCCCUCUGCAGAGGGGAGUGUGUGUUUGAGGCUCCUGUUUCUAAGUAUGUGUGGGAUCUUUUCUCCUUCCCCUCUCCCUUCCACUCCAUUUUAUUUCAGUGCUUUUUUAAGAGCCACUGUUCCUGAUCAACUGUUCACUGUAAUAGAAACAUCACGUUUUGUCACAGUAUUUAUUCCUUACAAAAUCUUGUGUGACAUACUAGGUUCCCGUGGAUGUAGCUGAUCAUUUUUAUUUUGUAAAUAUAAUUACCUAACUUUACAUAAACUAUAUCGUAAUAAACUAUUUUUGCACCACCCUUUG